UUUCAAGAUGUUGCUCUCCCGACGUGCUUGCUACAAGUGUGGCAACAUUGGUCAUUAUGCUGAGGUCUGCUCUUCCUCUGAGCGUCUUUGCUAUAACUGUGGGUGACCGCUAUGUUCCUACUGUCUACCAUAUUACGAUCAUCAUCAGGCUGACGGGUUUUAACAUAAUAGGCAAGCAGCCUGGACACGAAUCCAGCAGCUGCCCGCGUCCUCGUACUACCGAGAGUAAGGGUUUCUUGGGCCUCAUCGACAACCAGUGCAGGGGGUGCUGAUAUCUUUAUUUUCUAGCCAAGCAAUGUUAUAACUGCCAAGGACUAGGCCACGUUCAGGCCGAUUGUCCCACAUUGCGCCUCAACGGCGCCAAUGGCCGUUGCUACAACUGCAGCCAGCCCGGCCAUCUUGCUGUAUGUUGAGCGUUUCGUUUCCGCGGUCCUUGUCUAAGGCUAAUUGCGCCUUGUUUUUUUUUUUUUUUUUUUUCUUGAUAGCGUAACUGCCCAGCUCCUGCUUCUGGUGCUCCCCGUGGAACCGGUGCUCCCCGCGGAGGAUUCAACAGUGGUUUCCGC